AUGGCGUACGCUGAAAGACUCGCGCCACCAGGGAAAAUAAAAUUUAACAGCCAAAAUCUCGCUGAAGAUUGGCGUAAGUGGAAAGAGGAGUUCAGUCGCUACGUUUCUCUGACCGUGAAAGAUGAAGAUGCAUCUAAGCUGCAGUUAUUCAAAGAGAGACUUUUAAGAACACCAGAUGUCAAUUUAGGGAAAUGUGUAGACAUGUGUAGGACUGCGGAAAUCACAAAACAGGGCAUUAGUGUGCUAGACGGAACUAGUGCUCUCACCCCAGCUAUUAAUAAAAUAAGCAAACAGAGUACCCGUAAACCUGACGACAAUAAAAAAAAGACUAGUGAGAAACAAAAAUAUAAACAGUGCAAAUUCUGUGGCAGCUCCGACUCAGAUGAUUACUACCAGUCAAACUCUGUCACUAACUCGGACGAAGACGAAUCUGUGAACACUUUGAACUCCAAAACAGCACAGGCAACCAUGCUAAUCCAAGGACAGAAAUUCAGACUUCAGCUUGACACAGGAGCUACCUUUAGCAUUCCACCUAUAAACCAUUUGCGUUACUUCCUUCCUCUGCGCCCAACCAAUAUACGUAUGUAUAAUGGCAUAACCAUCAAGCCCCUUGGAAAACUUGCAUUAUUAGUCACCAACUCCAAAAACCAGAUGACUCAGGAAGCUGAUUUCGUUAUCAUCAAAGACAACUGUACACCUCUACUAGGUAACAAUACACUUCAGGAUAUGGAACUACUACAAUGGAAUAGUGAAAACAUUCUAACCAUUUCCAACUAUUCACCUAUCACCAAAGAGCAGUUGCUCACCGAGUACAAGAAUGUUUUUGAAGGCAUUGGACGUUUGGAAGGAGACUUUAAUCUUGUUGUUGACAAGUUCAUUCCUCCAGUUGCACACCCUCCACGGAGAGUGCUUCUAGCUCUCAAAGCACAGCUAAAAGAUAAACUUGAUCGUCUAGAGAAUCUGAACAUUAUUGCUCAAGUGAGUGAACCCACACCAUGGGUGUCUAGUUGCCUCAUGGUUGUCAAACCAAAUAAACUGCGGAUAUGUAUUGACCCAAAAGACUUAAAUAAAGCUCUGAAGCGUAGUUAUUAUCCUCUACCCACUAUUGAGGAAGUUCUUCAACAGUUAACCAAAGCAAAAGUUUUCAGUAUACUUGAUGCCAAGAAUGGGUUCUGGCACGUCCAGAUGGAUCAUGAAAGUUCAUUGUUGACUACAUUCAAUACGCCCUUCGGACGCUAUCGCUGGCUGAGAAUGCCCUUUGGCCUGUCUACAGCCCCUGAAGAAUACUAA